AUGCCAAAGAAACAAAGUGAGAGGCAGAAUGCAACCGAGGAGGAGAUACAAACCAGUGGAGCGAAGCGGUUUACAUUCUAUGCUGUCACCACUCCAUGGCAGAACUACACGCAGUAUCCCCGGGAUAGUAAUGCAAUCCCAGGCGCCCUAGGGCUAGGUCAAGCAACCGCUACAACGCUCUCGAGUGCGUUUUAUGCCUUUACGUUAUUUUCAUCGGUACCAUUCGCUAUCUUGUCAGAUGCCUGGCUGGGACGGUACAAAACUCUGUGUAUCUGCUUCUUUCUCAACUUUUGCGGAUGUUUAGUGGUCUUCGUUACUUCUCUUCCGGCUGUUGAAGAGCAUUCGGUAAAAGUGGUUGGAUUGGCACUUUCAAUGUUUCUUUUAGGAUUUGGGACUGGUGGUGUGAAAGCUACUAUAAGCCCUUUUAUAGGAGAUCAAUAUACUACUAUGGUCCCGCAGCUUGUGGUUACAAAAACCGGUGAACGAGCUGUCACAGGCCGCAUGUUGACUCUCCAGUAUAUAUACAAUGUUUUCUACUGGUUCACCAGUAUUGCAAGCUUGUCUCUGGUUGCCUCUACCUAUCUAGAGAAAAAGGGAAACGUACUUCCGCAGGCAAUCAAGGUCAUCAUAUACUCUGUUCGAGAAGGAUUCCAGUUAGAUGGGGCAAAACCUGCAUAUCAACUAGAAAAGGCAUGCUUCGUGCUGUAUCAUCUGUGCAAUAAUCAAAGCGUCAACAAUUUGAUUACUCAAGCUGGCCAAAUACGACUAGACGGCAUUCCAAACGACACCAUCAAGGCUCUGAACCCUGUCGUGUGUGUCUUACUCGGACCAAUAAUCCAAAAGUUCCUAUAUCCUUCACUUCGAAGGAUUGGAAUCCCAUUCAGGCCUAUUGCUCGCAUGACCUGGGCUUUUAUCACAAUGGGCGGAUCCGUGGCGGUUGCAGCAGUAAUACAAAAGCUUAUAUACACACGAGGUCCCUGUUAUGAUCAUCCACUUGCUUGUAAGGAUGAUACAAAUAGACCUAACGAUAUUAGCGUAUGGUCACAAACCCCUAUAUACUUCCUGCUAGCAACUGCCGAGAUUCUAGGGUUUACAACUUUGUCCGAAUACAGCUAUUCUGAGGCACCAAAAAAUAUGCGCACUUUAGUGCAGGCUCUCGCGCAAUUAUCGUCCGGCGUUGGGUCUGCAUUGGAGAUUGUUGUAUCCCACUCUCGGAUGAUCCAAAGGACACCCCUAUUAAGGAUCCCUUCCGAGGUUGGAGGAAAUAAUCAUUCAUUUUCGCCUUCAAGACGAUCAACCCUCUGCACUAGAGACGCAAGAACCAGGGAGGGGGUCUUCGGCAAUUGUGCGUACGGGAAUCCCCAGGUGUUGAGUAUCAACACCGGAAUAUUAGCUAUUCCGGUUCCCUGGGGAUAUCCCCUUUACCUGCAUAAUGUGGAGGGCAGUGAUGCGACUAUCUAUUGCGUCGUAGCUUGCAGAGGCGCUCUCAGGUAUUCCAGAAACCAGAGUUUCGUGUGGAUGAGGCGGUUCUGCAGUGAGCAAAUGGUCAAUAACACUGGGCUCUCACGUAACACCCAACGGGCCUUGUGUCCGCUGAUAAUAUCACCUUCGUCGUCCCAGAUGUACUGGAAAAUACCGUCCGACCUGGCCGAAAUCUGUAAUGGAAAGUUGUCGUCUUCUUCCACGUAG